UACCUGAAAGUACCAUGUCUUCUCCCAGUGCCACCUCCAACCUUCUGAACACUCUGGCGCCCAAAAGGAAGACGAAGAAGAAACACUUCGUUCAGCAGAAAGUGGAGGUUUUCCGAGCCAGUGACCCCGUGCUGAGCGUGCUGAUGUGGGGAGUCAAUCAUUCGAUUAACGACCUGAGCCAGGUGCCCGCACCUGUCCUGCUGCUCCCGGACGACUUCAAAGCCAACACCAAGAUCAAAGUCAACAACCACCUCUUCAACAAAGAGAAUCUUCCAGGACAGUUUAAAUUUAAAGAGUACUGUCCUCAAGUGUUUAGAAACCUGCGAGAGCGCUUUGGCAUCGAGGACCAAGAUUUCCAGGUUUCUUUGGUGCGCAGUCCUCCGCUCAAAGACGAGGAGGGGACGUGUGUGGGGCUGCUGCUGACAUCGUACGACCGCACUUUGGUCGUAAAAAAAAUCUCCAGUGAGGAAGUUGCAGAAAUGCACAACAUGCUGUCUGCGUAUCACCAGCAUAUCGUCACCUGCCACAGCAGUACGCUGCUCCCUCAGUUCCUGGCCAUGUACAGAGUCACUGUGGAGAGUGAGGACACCUACCUGUUAGUAAUGAGGAACAUGUUCAGCCACAGACUGCAUGUGCAUAGGAAGUAUGACCUCAAGGGCUCCCUGGUGUCGCGUGAAGCCAGUUUUAAAGAGAAGGUCAAGGAAUUACCCACUUAUAAGGAUGUUGACUUUAUGAAUAACAUGCAAAAAGUUUAUGUAACUGAUGAAGAGAAGGAGAAAAUAAUGGACAAGCUCAACAGAGACAUUGAGUUUCUAGUACAUAUGAGGAUCAUGGACUACAGCCUGCUGCUGGGGAUUCAUGAUGUCGAACGAGCUGAGAUGGCGGAGGGGGAGGAGGAGAUAGAGUUGUCCAAUGAGGAGGAAGAGGAGGAUGAAAACGGCCUGGCUCCUGCUCCCCACUCCACCUCACCUGAAGGCAUUACCGGCUACAUGAACUCCUUCAAAUCCAUGGGUCCCGGGGAGUUCGACCCUUAUGUGGACAUGUAUGCCAUUCAGAGCGCUGCGGGUGCGCCCCAGAGGGAGGUGUAUUUUAUGGGUCUGAUUGACGUGCUGACGCAGUACGAUACCAAGAAGAAAGCUGCUCACGCUGCCAAGACUGUCAAACACGGGGCAGGAGCUGAGAUCUCAACAAUUCAUCCAGAGCAAUACGCUAAACGCUUCAAAGAGUUCAUCACCAAGAUCUUUGCUUAGUUCAGGGAUUCAUUUAAUACAUGGGGAAUUCAAGCUUGCAAUUAUCAAAGCAACAU